UCCUCUUCCGAAGAGAAUUCGAGCAAAGCAUGCUCAUAGGAGCCUGACAAUCGAAAGGCUUUAAAUUGAGAAAUAAAAUAUAUAGUACUGCAAGAGGACUUGCCCCUAGCCUCUCAAAAGAGCAAAUCGAAGCAGGUGGCAUGACUCCUGUCAGGCAAGGGGGCAGCCCCUACCUUUUUCCUUUGCAGUUUUUCUGCCUCUGCUUGCUAUUCUCAGUAGCCCUGAGCAAAACAGUGAGAUAUAGCACUUUUGAGGAGGAUGCCCCAGGUACAGUUAUAGGUACGUUGGCCGAAGAUAUGCAUAUGAAAGCACCCGGAGAAAUGAGCUUCCGCCUGAUGAAGCAGUUCAACAGCUCUCUGAUACGGGUGAGAGAGGCUGACGGACAGCUGACCGUCGGGGAGAGCGGUAUUGACCGAGAGCAGCUAUGCCGGCAGUCCCCGCAGUGCAUCCUGGCUUUCGACGUGGUCAGUUUCUCCCAGGAACAGUUCCGGCUGGUGCACGUGGAGGUGGAGGUGAGAGACAUCAAUGACCACUCGCCCCGCUUCCCCCGCUCCCAAAUCCCCGUGGAGGUGUCGGAGAGUGCGGCUGUGGGCACCCGCAUCCCCCUGGAGGUAGCAGUGGACGAGGACGUGGGUUCCAACGCCCUCCAGAGCCUGCGCCUGGCAGAGCCACACAGCCCCUUCCGCGUGGAGCUGCAGACGCGAGCGGACGGCGCUAAAUGCGCUGAUCUGGUGCUGCUGCAAGAACUGGACCGUGAGAGCCAGGCCACCUACAGCCUAGAGCUGGUGGCCCAGGACGGGGGACGCCCCCCGCGCUCUGCCACAGCUGCCCUCAGCGUUCGGGUGCUGGAUGCCAAUGACCACAGCCCAGUCUUCCCACAGGGUGCUGUCACUGAAGUGGAGCUGGCGGAGGACGCACCUGUGGGCUCCCUGCUGCUCGACCUAGACGCCGCAGACCCGGAUGAGGGUCCCAACGGUGAUGUGGUGUUCUCUUUCGGUAGCCGGACCCCACCUGAGGCUCGGCGUCUCUUCCGCUUGGACCCGCGCUCAGGCCGCCUCACUCUAGCUGGACCUGUGGAUUAUGAGCGGAAGGAGACCUACGAAUUGGACGUAAGGGCUCAAGACAGAGGCCCAGGGCCUCGCUCUGCCACCUGCAAGGUCAUUGUGCGAAUCCGCGACGUGAACGACAACGCGCCAGACAUUUCUAUCACCCCUCUGGCAGUAGCCGCAACCGCGGUCCACGACCCUACAGGCCCACACACCGCCGCCUCCUUCUCCGCCCCUGUCUCGGCCUCCUCUGCAGGGCCUGAAGGCUCGGAGCCUGGAGUGGCCUCGAUUAUCCCGGAGGGGGCGGCGCGAGAGAGCCUCGUGGCACUGGUCAGUACCUCGGACAGGGACUCCGGAGCUAAUGGGCAAGUGCGAUGCGCCCUCUAUGGACACGAGCACUUCCGACUACAGCCUGCCUACGCGGGCAGCUACCUAGUGGUGACCGCGGCGGCCCUGGAUCGCGAGCGCAUCGCCGAGUACAACCUGACCCUGGUGGCUGAGGACCGCGGCUCCCCUCCGCUGCGCACUGUGAAGCCCUACACCGUGCGCGUGGGAGACGAGAACGACAAUGCUCCGCUCUUCGCCCGCCCUAUCUAUGAGGUGUCUGUGCGAGAGAAUAAUCCCCCGGGCGCCUACCUCGCCACUGUAGCAGCCCGAGACCCGGACCUAGGCCGCAACGGGAAGGUAACCUAUCGGUUGUUAGAGGCCGAAGUGGGUCGAGGUGGGGAGGCCGUAUCCACCUAUGUUUCGGUGGACCCAUCCACAGGGGCUAUCUAUGCGCUGAGGAGCUUCGACUACGAGAUGUUGCGCCAGCUGGACGUGCGUAUCCAGGCCAGCGACGGCGGCUCCCCACAGCUCUCGAGCACCACUCUGGUGCAGGUGCGGGUUCUGGAUCAGAACGACCACGCACCGGUUCUCGUUCAUCCCACUCCGGCCAAUGGCUCCCUGGAGGUGGCGGUGCCAGGGCGCACAGCCCGAGACUCGGCUGUGGCGCGCGUGCAGGCCCGGGAUGCAGACGAGGGGGCCAACGGAGAGCUGACCUUCGCCCUGCUGCAACAGGAGCCACGGGAGGCCUUCUCCAUAAGCCGCCGGUCAGGGGAGAUAGUGCUCACUGGGGACCUGUCCCAGGAACCCCCAGGCAGCGUGUUCCGAGGCCUGCUAACAGUAUCGGACUCUGGACACCCUCCGCUUUCCACCACCGCCACUGUUAGCUUCGUCGUGACGGCGGGAAGUGGUACUGGGUCGUCCCUGCCAGCAGCAGCUGGCGGCCCCGAGCGCUCCCGUCCCCCAGGACCCAGGCUCGGUGGCACGGGGUCGCUGCAGUGGGACACCCCGCUUAUCGUGAUCAUUGUGCUGGCGGGGAGCUGCACACUGCUGCUGGCUGCCAUCAUCACUAUUGCCACCACCUGUAACCGCCGCAAAAAGGAGGUGCGCAAAGGCGGGCCACGCCGGGAGGAGAGGCCUGGGAGCGCCAGCGGGGGACCCUCGUCCCCGAGCUCCCCGGAAGACCGAAAUCUGGGACCUAGCUCUCGGGCCAACAUGUUCGACGUGCUCGCCUUCCCCACAGGCAGCAGCAGCAGCAAAGCGCCCUUCGGAGGCUCCACCGCGGAGAGCUCCCAGACUGUGGCGGCUGCCACUGAAGUACCAGGGACCGAGGGCUGCGGCAGUGCCAGGGAAAAUGCCUGUCUUUACGAAGGGCAGAAGCGGCUCCGGGGAGCACAUGCUGAGCCCUACAGCUCCUCCCCGGGUUAUGGAAAGGAACCGGCGCCUCCUGUGGCCAUUUGGAAAGGUCACUCCUUCAACACCAUCUCUGGUCGGGAAGCCGAGAAAUUCAGUGGCAAAGAUAGCGGCAAGGGGGACAGUGAUUUCAAUGACAGCGAUUCUGACAUCAGUGGAGACGCCCUGAAAAAGGACCUCAUCAACCAUAUGCAGAGUGGAUUAUGGGCUUGUACUGCUGAGUGUAAGAUCCUAGGACACUCUGACCGAUGCUGGAGCCCAUCCUGUGGUCGAACCAAUGCUCACUCUUCCCCCCAUCCAUCAGCUCAGCUAUCAACCUUCUGUAAGAGUACUUCCCUGCCUAGGGAUCCUCUUCGAAGGGACAACUAUUACCAGGCUCAGCUACCUAAGACAGUAGGGCUACAGAGUGUCUAUGAAAAAGUAUUGCACAGAGACUAUGACAGGACAAUCACUUUGCUUUCUCCCCCUCGCCCAGGGAGACUCCCAGACCUGCAAGAAAUUGGGGUACCCCUCUAUCAACCCCCUCCUGCUAGGUAUCUGCCCCCUCAGUCAGGGACCAAUGACAAUGUUUAACCCUAUACUGCAUGUAUUCACACAUAUACAGGUCACUCCAAAAGCCCCUAAGUUAUUGGCUGGUUUCAGUGUUGUAUAUAUAAAUAUGCAAGAUGUGCCUUAAAAUGAAGUUGUUGGAAAAUAUUUCCAAUCACGUCAGUACUGUUUGGUAUUUGCAAACAA